GGGUGAAUGGAUCACAGAAAACUUUGGUGAUGCCAGAGCGAAUAAACGUAGGGUUAUGCGCAUUCCUGCUGAUUGCCCAUGGUCUUCAACAAAAGGAGGGGGAACCACCCAUGCCUCAACAGUGCAUUGGUGCUGGUGGAGUUGGUGGUGGCUUUAGACAAGCUGUUAUUAAACGUUCGUUUCACGGUACCAAUUUGAAUGAAGCGCUGGGUUCCUUAUUAGGAAUACAAAGUUAUUUGGUACCUGUUCGAAGAGCAUUUGAACAUAUUUUACGUCAGUUAGAUACGCAAGUUUGUCGUACAAUGAUGUUACCAAAGCAAGAAGUCACUCAAAAAGAAUUCGAUGAAUUGAUGACGGCAGAUCGUAAACCUAAACUGGAUUUAUUAAAGACUUGUGUUGCUUGUAUUCCUCGUCUGCUUCCGAUUGAUAUGACUAAACAGGAGAUUUUAGAAAUAUUAGCUAAAGUUUGCCUACACGUUGACGAAGACGUGAGAAAAAUGGCACAGCAAGCUAUGGCCAAUUUAAUUGUUGAAUUGCCAGCGUAUAGGGUUAAAACAAUACAAGUUUUUAUACAAUUUAUUCAGAAAACUGUACCUGACACAUCACCUCAUCAACUAGAUAGCUGUUUGAAGACUUUAUUUCAUCUAUUAAAUAAUUGGAAGUUAGCAUUGCAAAAGGAUGGUGCUGUAACACCUAAUAUGGCUGAGAAAUCAGCUUUGUAUGAAGCUGAAGGAUUUGCUUUGGUUAUGUUGUGCAGUUGUCGUUUGAUCACUAGACGUUUAUCUGUUCACAUUCUGAGGAAAUGUCGAGCUUUGUCAAAUUUAAUCCAAUCCGCUACUUAUGAUCCAACAUUAAAAAAUUCAAAUGAUUCCCGAGAAAUGUGUUGUAUAGAUGUUUUAGAUCGUUCAGUGCCAAUGAUUUUGAAAAGUCUUUUACCUAUACUACCUUUAAGCGAAAGAUCUGCUUUGUCCUCAGUAUCUACUAUGGAUUUUUCUAUCUUCACGGAACGCUCUCAUCCUAUCUGGUUUGGUGGUAGUACGCCACCUGUGUAUUCACCAUUGGUUUUACCAGCUAAUUGUUUGAAUAACACACAAUACUCUGGUUUAGUUUCUAACAAUGACGUGCAAUCAAAUGAAGAAGUUCGGUUUAAUGGUUUAUCAAACCUUCAAGAUCCCAAUAAAUUCAACAAUUCCAAUAAUAGCAACAACACUGGUAAUACAAUCAAUAGUACAACUGUAGGGAAUCUAGUUUCAUUCAACCCAAAUGAUAAAUCUAAACUCGAUGAAUCUGUUGCACAGGAAUCAUUUACAAAAAUCGCCAGACCUUCAGUUUCUGGACUACUCAUACCUUCGAAGUCUCUUGAUUUUCGUAACAUGCAAACUUCCAAGUCGUACUUAUCUACAACACCUGUUCAUCGACGAGCGUCACAGUAUAAUCAACAAAUUCAGCAUACUCAACAAGCUUACAUUAUACAGCCUACACAGGAAAAUGUAGCUAUCACAGAUGUAUGGGCAACUUGUCUUUCUAUUGUAUUCAACUCAUCUAAUUUGCCCACAAGUUGUCCUAUGGCUAUCAAAUCCGCUUGGUCAAUAUUAUUUCAACGAAUAAGUACUAUUUUUCCUUUAAUUGACCCAAGUGCACAAAUAGCUGAAAAUCGAGCAUCCUCGUUGCUCCGGACUGGAAGUAAGAAACCUGCGAAUGAACGUGAACAAUUUAUUCCUCUUUGGCACAAUUACGUCGUUGUUGGAUGCUGUAUAGCUCCAAGUUCUACUGGUUUACGCAUUUCAAAACCUGCAGAUACGCACUAUCAGCCGGAGUCUCUACUACAAAAACAUUCACCUGACUUUUCGACGAAAGAUUCUAACGAUUGUGACAAUGAUCGAUCUCCUACUCAAUCAGACGAAGUGGUUAAUCAAAUGACUGAUUCGAAUUCCACCUCAUCGUCCAAUCGUACAGCUGUAUCUAAUUCCCCAUGCACUACUAGUUGGUCUAAUUCAUCAGAUUUAAAGCAUUCAGCAUCCUUUGGAAAAGUGAACGCUAGAGAUUUAGUCAAGUUGUUAGUUCCUUUGUUAAGAUGUGAACAACCGGAAAUAAGAGAUUCAGCUAUUGCUGGUCUUGGUCGAAUAAAUCCGGCUGCUUUCAGAGAUGUACUUGAGGAUUUGCAACCACUGCUCAAAGAAUCCUUCGAUCGAAAACAGGAGAAUUUGCGCCGUCGACGCCGACGUGAUGGCUUAAGAUCUGCCUUAGUUAAAACUCUUUCACUUAUGGCACAGACUGGUGUAUUCGCAUAUCCCGAAUCAAAUAUAGUCACCCCUCAAGGAUCUUUAAUUUGUCAGCUUCUUGAUUAUAUGGAUGGAAUGAGGGGUUAUUUGGAAUCAGUAUCAGAUCAUUUAUUAAGUCCAGUCAGUCAUACGCAUCAAUCAUCUUCAUCUGUAAAUCCAUUAGUUUCGUUGCCGUCCGGUUCCACUUCUCAACAAGUAACUGCAGGUGGAACUAUUUCGACUAAUCAUCAGAUGAGUGGAUCUACGAAUCCUAAUUCCGUAAUGGCUUCUUUAUCUACUCCUACAACUACGGGACCUUCAUUAGCGAGUUAUUCAUCUGAAUUUUAUUUAUUGGGUGAAAUUCGCUUACAUUUUUGUAUUUUUAUUAAAGAGCUAAUUCGACGUUUACCAAAACAGAAUCGUACAACUUUAUUACCUUCAACACUAAGGCAUCAACUGUUCAUUUUGUUAUCACAUUGGAGUGCUCAUCAUGACCAUAUCAUGGGAACGUACCUAGGAUCGGAAGGCCCAUUGCCUACUGAACCUUAUUUUUUCGAUUCAAAUGAACAUACCAUCGGAAAAAUGUCUAAUCCAAAUGGAGUAGUUGGGUUUUCUCCAUCAAAUGAAAUACCUCCUGGAAUCAUUGGACUUCAUAACCAGUUAUCAAAUGAUAAUUUUCUACAAUCUCUCAACAGCCUAGGUGUUAACAGUGUUCCAUCAGCCGGUUCUUUGGAAUGUAGUUCUAAUAUGAGUGCCUCAUCAGGUCAACCUACCCAGAGUCCUACAAUCCUGCAACAGAAAACGUGUGAAAACGAACAAAUCGAUAGAAAUGAAUCUGUGGAAUAUUGUUUAUGGAUUGAUUUAAUUUGGUUAUCAAAUCAAGCUAUGGCAGCUUUGGUAUGUUGUGGGCCAAUAUUCGAUCGUUCUGCAUUGCUACCGCAAGACAGUGGAAAAUUAAACCAGGUAGUCUUAGGUAUGGGUUCGGAUGUAUCAUCUGCUUCUGGUACAGAACGUGGUUCAGGUUCAAAUGUUUGCGUUCCUAGUUUUGGGUAUGUACUUCGCUGGAUUUCUGGACUUCUUGUUGCACGCGAUACUGCUCUCAGUUCAAGUCCGUGGUUAUGGUUUUGUCCCAUCAUAGGACGUGGUCUUUUGCAUAGUACUUUGAAUCCUGGAGGAGCGUCAUUGUGUGGUAAUAGUCAUACUCGAUCUCGCAUAAUAGCAGCUGGUGGUGGCCGUCGAUUAGAUUCUUUGCUUCGACAACUAGGUGAAGAAACUCUAGUUCUUUUGUUAGAUUUCAAUUCUGAAAAUACCGGUCUAUUCAACUGGGUAAUUGAUCAGUGUUAUACUGCAUCGAAUAUAUCAUUAUCCACAGCGUGUUUUGAAUGUAUUUGCCUUAUAAUGAGUAAUAUACCGAAUUUCGCUUGUGAUCAUAUUGUUUUGAUAACUUUAUGCUUCGUUUUUAUGGAUCAUCCUUCAAGAUUUCUCUCCGAUAAAGCUUUUUAUUUACUACGAAUUCUUUACCAGCGUUUCAUCAUAGAACCUGGUGAAAGCCUUUUAAAACAAGCACAUCCUACAGAAACUGACAAAUCGUUCAUUCUCAUCGAAGCAGCUAAUUCUCAGUCAUCGCCAACUUCGUGCAUACCAGAGUAUUGUGACUGUUUUCAUCUGCGCAAUUAUUUAAAAAUAAACAAACUCUUUUAUCAUUCUUUUAAUCAUUGGUCUCCGUGUGAAGUUGUAAGACAGUUUUCUGCACAACAUCCAGACUUUACCAUCACAAUAUUUUCUGAGAUUUCUAAACGUCUAGAAAAUUCUAGAGAGGGUUUACGUGUUCCAUUAUUACGUCUACUCUCAAUUUGGCUUGUGAAUGUGGAACUUAUAGAUCUUGUGGAAGAUGAUUUAGUCGAUUCAACAAAUCGUAAUAUAGAUAAAGAGGAUGAGUUUUCCGACAUCGAUAAGAAUUAUUACGGCUCUUGUUCCACUAACUACGAAAAGUCCAAUAAUUUGCCUGAACCUGUUGGAAUUCCUCCAUUUAAGGCUAAUAAUACCACAAACUUACUUGAUGCAUCAGAACAGCAACAACAAAGUAAUAUUUCCAAAAAAGAUUUUUCAGAAUAUCGUACUCGUUCAUCGAAACGAUAUAAACGUUCAAAAAGCUUAUUUAAUUCAGAAUUACUCUAUGAUCAUGAUGAUACUGACGCUGAUUCAGAUAAUAUUAUUGAUAAUCGAAAUUUCAAGUCAUUAACAUUGUUGAGAAUGCGUGCACGUCAAAGUAUGUUAGGUGAACAGACAGAACUUUGUAGUCCUCGAUCUUAUCAUCUUUCAACUCCUCAUAACCAUUGCAGGAAUGAAUGUAAAUCUAAUGAUACUACUACUAAUCAUAAUGAUCUACAUUGGUCAACUGUCCCUCCUACUCUUCGUUCUAAAGGAUGGGGAUCCAAAAAAGCUACCGAAUUCGUGCUUACAAACCUUUUCUACCUAUCUUUAAGGCUUGCUGAUUGUCCAACUUCAUCUGAAGCAAUAAAACAACUCUGGUUAACAUUAAUUCGUUACCGGCCAACAAAUUUACGUGUGAUUCUCCGAUAUCUUAUUAUUAUUACUUCUAUUGCACCCGGAACCCUGUUAGCACAUGUUAAACGUCUCCUUACUUAUUUGGCUUCUGAACAAGCUGAAAGUGUCAUAGGAGAAUUAAUGGUCGAAAUGCAAACUAUCGAUGGUAUUGGUUUAAUUGUUGAACCUAUAUCUAGUUUGCCAUUCUUUCGAGUUAGUACCUCUACUCAACAUCAUCAUCGUCAACCUACUGAAGAAAUUAAAUCUUCAAAAUUUCAGUCAUACGUUCAAAAUAAUUCCUCCUCAAAAACUAUAAGCGGUUCUAGUAAUACAGUUAAUCAAGAAGGAAUCGGCCAACCGGAUGAUGAAUUAGUUGCACUUGGUUUAGGAAGCAAACCUUGUUCAAACACAACGACACAAGCGCGGACGUUACGUAGCGCUAUUGGAGGAAGCUAUAACUAUCACACUAUUGAUGAUAAUUUGAAUGUCAAGUCUUCUAAUUUUAAUGUUACAGUACGUCCGAAAUCAGCUACCUGUCAACCAUCUACUGUCAUUACAUCUACUAAGAGACACAAACAAACUACUUUAAACGAAAAUCGAAUACGACGUACUACAGUUUCACCGACUUCUAAAGUUCGUUACAACAGUCACAGCUCCUCUGAAUCACCACAGUCAGAGAAAUCCCUUGAAUCACCAGCAGCUUUAUCUAAUUACCAGCUAGUUGAAGGAAGUGAUGGAGAGCCGGAAAUUGAUGUUGAUUCAUUUGAAGGUUUCAGGAGGCGUGGAUUGACUUUAGAUGAUAAAUAUGCUACUCUGCGGGCCAAAGACAUUGCAAAUUUAUUAACACCACCUAAUCCAAAAGACAUUCAAUCAAGUGAUUCCGAUUCCAAUUGCGAAAUACCAAAUUUAUGUGCGCGCGGCACUACAUUUCCCACUACUUCUGAUGUCCACGAGCGGUCUGUUUAUUCAUCAGCGCUGUCCAAUCCGCUGUUUGAAACCAACCGUUUGCCAACUACAUGCAAAAUUACGAGACAGUCGAAGUAUUCUAGAGAAUACAAAGAAAAACGAUUCAGCUGUUUCAAAAGUCCGAAAGUUGAUGUCGCGGGAUCAGUCCCUUUUCACCACUCAGCUUCAUUGCCACCUAGUCUUGCUUCUCUUCCUCCAUUACCUCUGCCACUUCCUGCCAGCAUUUCUUCCAUUCUAAGUCUUUCUUCAAAAGGAUCUACGGGGUCUAACACAUGUAUAUUGCCUAUAUCUCCUGUCACUGCUGAUAGAAAAAGUACUACCAGUUCUGAUAAAUCGGAUAUUAAGCCUUAUACUUGUAGUUGUGUACGUAGAAGUUCGAACGUGGACGUAAGUUAUCCAAGUAACAAAGCAUAUUUUGACUUCAAUCCUAAACCACUCCCGAUGCCUGCAACUGGAGGCUUCCAUGCUCCUCUGGGUUCAUGGUUGUCCGAACCGUUGGUGAUUGGUGGAUCAGUUGUCUUCAGUGGUAGUUGGCCUCCUGCAGGACCUAAAUCACCUUUAGUUCUCAUCUUGGCUGGCGGUUUAACUCAAUCAAGAGGUCUUCAUAUAGAUUGGAGUGAGCAUCUGCCUUUAAUGCUUCUCGGUGUAUUUCUUGGUAUUGAUCACUGCCGUGCACUUGUACAAGAAGAAUCUAAACAGUUGUUAGUGUCUUUGUUAGAUCAAGUAUGUCCACAUCAUGAUAUGCUCCGUUUGUUACGACUAGAAUUAGAGGCAAAUCUUCAUCGUCUUGCUUAUCCCUCUGGUUUCCCUGGUCCUCGUGUUCAAGACUAUCGUUUAACGUUAGAUGGUGGGCCAUAUCGUGAAAAAUUCAAUAUGGUUCUUGAUCCCUUAGAUUUUAUCGAAAGAGAUCAGUUGUUUUCUUCAUCACCUGUUUCUUCUGCAGCUUCCAAACACGACAGAAACAACAACUUCAAAAACAGAUUGCCAGCUGAAGAUGAGGAAACCCGACAAACAACCUCAUCUAACUUAAUGCCACUGAAAGAUAUCAAUGUUACAGCUGUUUCAGCUGCUAGUCUAUCUUCACCUAGCACUAGUCCACCAAUAAUUGAAAAUUACCAAACUCAUCCAACUAUGUUAACUAACCAAGGUCAGUUGAGUGGCUCAAUGUUCAGUCUUACUAGUACAGCAACCCUAAUUCCACGUCAUCAUGAGAAUAAUCUCUUUGAGUCACAAACUUGCAAUGACUCAUCAAUUCCUAAGCAUAAUUCAGUUUGUUAUAACUCGGCGUCAAAUAAUUCAGAGAAGGAAUUUUUACGUAAUAAAUCACAUACAAAUGCUGUUACACCUUCAUCCGUUUAUUCCAAACCACGGUCUUCAAAAAGUGUGAUUUCAAACAGUGUUCCAUCCAAUAACCAUUAUUCAUCGAAGAUUGAGAAAACCAAGAGAUUUAAGAAAUCUGAUCUUAAGCUAUUGGAAAAAGCUAUUCUACAACUUAAAAGUAUACUUUUGAAUAGUUCUGGACAAGCCAUAUGGACUUGGGAAGAUUUUAAUGUACAACAUAACUCGUUCGGUACCACCACAGUUCAGUAUUGUCAAAAUGAAUUUAACCAGAUUAUAAACAACGAGAAACUAGAAAAUAAAGAGUCAGUUAUAAAAUCAAUGAAUACUGUGAACUCCUUGGAACAGCUUGUUAAACUUGUUGCUCGUAUACUUGCCUUAUCUGAAGCUGGUUCUGAAGAGGCGGAAAAGUGUUUGCAGUGUUUACAUGGCCCGCCACAUGAUCAUAAUAACCAGAGUUUAACUAUGGCAGAUGAUGAUUACAAAGAUGCAAACAUUGAUCAUUCAAAUUAUUGUAUGGUUGCACGUUUAUCUCAAAUCGCUCUAAAUACAGGUUUAUCAUGUCCUAGUCGACAUCUUGCUAGUCGUUCCUUACAAAUUCAUCGUGCUCUUGGUGGUCAUUUAGACAAGAAAUCUUUUUCGAAAUUGUUGGCUAGAUUAGGUGAAACGGUAUCCGAUGGGAGUGAAGAAAUACAGGGCUAUGUUGCUGAACUUUUCCUUACACAAGAGGCAGCUAUUCAUCAUUUGAAGUCAAAGAGUGAUAGUUUUCUGGAAUCAGUUCCUCAGUUUGCUUCUGAACCCACCUCUCCAUCACCCAGUUCGCUUAGUGUGAAUGGGCGUAAGUCAGCGCUAAAUAUGGUCUCAAUAUCUGACCGCCGUCAUUUUCAUCGUCAUUCAAAAUCUUCAUCUUUGAUUGGAAAUCGUUCAUGUCACUUAAAUUCGAUUAUGCCUGCCAAUGAUUAUUCUGUAUCUAAAUUAGCCCAAUCAACCUCACCAACUUUAGAACAUGCAUCACCAACCUCAUCAUUUCCUUCCGACUCUUAUCAUUUAACAAAAUUAUCUAAUACUUCAAGUACUUCUACACCUAAGCCAAAUAAUAAUGAUAAUAAUAACAGCAAUAACAAUAGUAUAUGCUUAUUACCUCCCGGAGAACGUGCUGAUCUAAUUAUUGGGAUCUUUUGGACCGGUGUUUUGCUCUUGGAAUCGGAUUUUGAAAAUGAAUAUUUAGUUGGUUUAAAACUUUUAAAUUUAGUUAUCCCAAGUGUUUGUGCAUCAAAUUUAAGUCAAUCGUCUGACGGUUUGAAAAUAAAUUUAGGCGACAAAGCGCAAAAAAUGCUUGAUCAAUUACAUUGGAAUCCAUAUUUUCCUGGAAUACUUAGUUUAGUGAUUAAAGGCUGUUCUUCGCCGAAUCUUGUAGAUCAAUCUUGUCGAUUACUCGUGUUAUUAAUCCCGUUUCUCAGUCAUCCUUUGGUGGUACCAACUGGACGUAUGGGAUUAUCCAUUCAGUUGUCAUUUCCUAUUGUUCUGCUUACUCUUAUGCCCAUGUUGACAACAGCUUGGGACGAAGAUCCAUCUACAUCAGUUCCUGCGAACCCAUGUGAUACUAAUUCAGAACAACUUAGUUUCUUACAGGGUGGUUUUCUAGGUCGAGGUAUAUGUGGUUCACUAAAUGUUAUUCCUCGAGCACUUGGUUCAUGGACUUCGAGUUUUUGUACUCCGUACACCUCGUAUACGAAUCAAAACACAGGGACUAAUUCCAAAAUAAGAACAGACAGUAUUGGACUUUUUGCUAACUGUCCCUCAAAUAGCCUUGGCACUUUCAGUGCUUAUGAAUCAACAUCAAACUUAAGCACAAUAGUUCCAGGAGGCACUUCUCGUGACGUACAGUUGACUUACAAAUCACCAAUUUUACGACCAAAGAACCCCAUUUGUAUUCAGGCCGCCGAAUCACUUGCUCAGGCUGCAUUGAAAGCUGAUCCGAUUCAAUUUAGUAAUCUAGCACUGAUUCUGCGUCUUUAUGCCUCUGGUAGUUUUUCCAAAGACGUUGAUCAAUGGAGUCGAUGUGUAAUAUGCUAUUUACUAGAAGGUUGCAGUUCAAACACAUCACGUUUGUUAAAACAUAUCAAUAUGCUUUUAACUUCUGGACCGCCUUGUCUUCAAUUGCCUUUACUUAAAGUGGCUCAUUUGUUUCUACAACAAGUUGAUAUGAAUCAACGAGAUACGGAAUAUUCAUUACAAAAUUUUAUCACAUCGAUUGUUAACCAAUUUGUUGGAACCUGUUUAUGGACGCAUGUUAUUCCAAUUUUACAAGUUACUGUUUCACGCUCAGCUGUAUUAAACUCUGUUCCAGAAACACCUGCGUACACUUUGCCUGGUUUGGAUCCUUCAGGUAGUGGUCGUGUAUUAGAUUAUGCAAUUGCUUCGGCAGCAGUCGCUGUUCCAUUACCAGACAGUGAACCUCCUAGAUUAGAACUCGGUGGUCCUGUGUUGGAUUUCACUUUUAAUGUUCUUCAAGAAGCUCCAUUAUUAGCUCCCCAGUUCGCCCCACCUCCAUCACAUCUAACUUCUGAAAAUAUAUCUAAGGUGGAUAUACCAACAUUUGAUCAUACCCCAUUAAAACCAACUAAGAAAGAUUUUAUUGAUGUUCAUGAUAUUGGCUUGAUUGAAAUGUUUGUAUCAGCUUCAACCGGAUGGAACAAACCGGGAAAUUCUCAGAUACGUUUACGUGAAAAGCUCUAUGGUCUAGUCAGUUGUUAUGGCCUUCCUCCUCAACAGUGUAUCAGUGCUCCAAGAAGUCCAUCAGUUAUAUUCAGUCAAUCUACUGAAACUUUGGAUCCACAAUUAAGUAUUCACUCAAGCAGUGAAACGACGUCUGUAGUCGAUAUUAGUAAUUCAGAUGAUAUUCGUUUGGAUGAUACUAGUAGUGGUGAACAGACUGCUGUGUUUCGUGAUUUGGAUACUUACUUAGAUGCUCAGUUAAUGAAUAUAAACUUUUUAGGUGUUCCGGAUUGUAGAUUAGCGUCAACAAAUGCCUCCACGAGCGAGGAAGAACCUAGACGUCCUUGGGGUGUACGAGGCCAAGCAAUUACAUGUCAUUUUGAUUUCAAUGGAGAUGGGAACGAAUCAAUUACCAAUGAAUCUGUCGGUGGCUUAUUCCGAACAAUUCAACCGACAGACAAAACAGCUAGUAGUUUAGCACACAGUAUCACAGAGUCGGAUUAUUUCACAGCUGCAUAUCAACCUCACCAUUCACAAAAGCAGCAUCAAAAUAGAACACAUUCAUUACCACAUUUAACAUAUGUUACUGAUAAUUCAAAUGAUAUAAAAGAUACCGAAUCUAGUGCUUCGAAUACAAAUCGAUAUUCAACAAUAACAAUUAGUAACAAUUAUACAGAUGAUAGUGUAGAUGGUAGAUAUUCGCCAGCAUCAUAUAGUGAGCAACCACAGCUGCUACAGUCAGAAGAUAAAAAACCAUCGAAUUCACUUUCCAGCCGACCAUUCAUUGAGGAACAGUUAAAUUACACAGAUAAUGAUUUAACGAUUGAUGAGUCCGUUGGAGAAGAAAAGUUUAAUAAAGGUAUACAAGUAAUGAAUUAUCCUCGUGCUACUGUGCGCAGUUCACGUAGUGAACGUGUAACCUUCAAUCUUGAUGGUGAUAAAAGUGAAGAUAAUAAUAAUGAGGUUGGUAGACAGGAUGAUGAAGUACACAGACAAAAUAAAGUAUCUAUGGCCGAUGGAGUGAAGGGUAUUUUAAUCAAUCGCUCAAAUCAUGAAUCUGUUAAGGAACUAUGUAAUGGAUUGUUACAGUCCAAUACUGUAUUGCCUAAUAAUUCUGUAGCGCGAUCUUUGUCAACACAGUCAUUGAAUAAUGAUGGGAAUUAUGAUAAUCCGGUUGAUGAAAAAGAUAUUUCAACUCAAAGUUUAAGGUCAAGUAUAUAUUUUCCUCGAUGUUUGUCGUCUAAUCGUAAUGAAGGACAAGCAAAAUAUAGUAUUCGUAGUCGAUUAACAAGUAAACCGGAACAAACAAUCGACAAUCGUCAGCAUGAUCAUGAUCACCUUUUUGUACAAAAUUCUCCCACUAGACAAAUCAAACGUAGUGUAUCAACAUCAGAAUUAUUAUUGACUAGACCACAUUUCACAAUAAAUAAUAAAUCCGAUGAUUACAAUUUGUUAGUCGAUUCUCUAGUGUUGUCACCGUUGAACUAUCAAAAUUACCAUAUGAAUGACAAGUAUUUUACUCAUUUCUCUUCAUCGUUAUCAUCGACUAGGUCAUUGUCACCAUUGAAUCAACAUAACCAAUCUGAACAAAGGGCUUGUGAUUUAGUAACUAUGACUAAUGACAGUAAUGCGAACAGUAAUACAGAUAUGUUGAAAAUUAGUUCGUGUCGACCUAAUUCACUUUGUUCUUUAUUUGUACGGCUUCAGUCGAAUCGACUCUCAUUAUCACCAACGUUAACAGCACCAUCUGUUGCAUCUGUACAUAGUUCUCAUUUAUCGCUACAUUGUAGCAAAAUGAUUCGAAAAUCUAACGAAUCUCUUAUUGGUAGAAAGCACAAAGCAACAAGUGAUUCACAUUUAAAUUGUUUCAAUAAACAGAUAUUAUGCACACCUCAACAAUCACAUCAAUCGAACGAUCUUCACCGAAGCUAUCAUGAAAUAUUUUCUCGUGUCAGUGAAAACACUUGUAAUGUUACUUCAUCUGAGUGUACUUCUUUAAAUAAACUAGUAUCAGUUCAACCGGCACAAAGUUUAUGCAAUUGGCGAUAUCCACUAAUUACUGAACAAAAGUGGAUCGCAUGGAAAUCCGCAUCCAACUCUACCAGUUCACAUUUAAAUGAACAAAAAGUAUCAAUAUCUCUACUGAUGGAACUUCCACAAUUGUAUCAGGAGUUAAUUUCACGUUACAUGAACGCUGUUAACCAUACGAUCAAUUUGUCUGUCAGUCAUUGCACUAAAUCAAGCCGAUUUAAUCAUUUAGAGAAAUUAGUUGAAAAAAUCAGAAACUAUCUAAGACCACCUUGGUUUUUUUGUCGUUUACCUGAGGAUUAUCUUAAUGAGACGGUUCGGUCUUGUUUAAUAAGUAAAACGAUUUAUUUACUGGAAAAACAUGAGGAAAUUCAAAAUCAGUUUGAAGAGCUUUAUAAUCUAUUACAAUCUGAAAAUGCCGAAGACACAUUCAUCCAAUUACUAAGUCAUAUGUUUACUAACUUAAUAGAAUUUGUGAAAUAUUCAUGUGCGAAUGUUGAAACCGUUUAUGUUAAUAUAUCCAAGUUGAAAGAAGACGAAAUCCUACUACCUGUGGUACCGGAUCAGUCAUGUCGUUUCCACUGUUUACUACAGUGUAUUUUAUCAGGUUUAAAUUUAUCCAUUGAUAAUGAUAACAACAAUGUACCUAUCGAACCAACUAAUUGCAAUGAGUCUGCAGCUUUAAAAAAUCAACUGUGUGAAUUUCUAACAACCAUGCUGACAAGUCUUCCAAAUGAUGAAUUGUUAACAGGGUUCAAUAAAUCUAAUCCGGAAAAUUGUAAAGAAGUAAUUAGAUUAUACAAACAAUUAUCCGAUAAGUCUCCUAAUGGAUCAGAAGUACCGAUUGAUAUCGUGACCGAUAUACUGAAUAUUUUUGCAAAUUAUGUUUUGGAGAGCGACUCCUCUUCUUAUAUUGCAUACCUUCCGUUACCGGCACUUGAUAAAGAUGUCGAUGGUCAGUCAACUACCAUUAAUUACUGCGCUUAUUUAACUGAAAGUCUGCACCAAUUCGUAUUAAAUGAUGAUGGUUAAUUUCGUUGGCUAACACAUGGUGUUUGAUUUAUUUUACUUCGUAAUUCCGAGAAAAAUCCACUGCUGAGAUUGCCGUCACCUUUAGACAGAUAUUUUUUGUACAAAUAACUGUAAUUGCUUUUGAGUUUAUUUAAAAAGCGGUUAGAUUCCUCGAAUAUAUUGCUUAUCUCGUUUUCCUUUUAGUACAGAUACGACAAUUAACUUUGACUAUUUCACUCUACAAUUGUGUAUUUCCUUACAGUGUAUAAAAUAACAUAUUGUGCUUUUUAGCUUUCCUUGGUUUUAUGUAUUCACGAAGGUUAGUCGAACGAGAAAUGUGUGAUAUCUUUUUUACGUGGAUGUUUCACAAAAUAUAUGAUGCCGUGAUGGUAGAUUUGUAGUGGUGGCUGUUCAAGUGAG